UUGUUUAAAUUUUAAUUGUAAGUUUUUCCAAUAAUUGGAAACCACGUCAACACAAUUUCGCUCCACACUCUUGUUACCUUCUUUAACUGUUACCAGGUCACUUUUGAUAAAAAUGUAUGCAACGAACGUCGUCUUGUUUGCUUUUACUCUUAGCUCAGUAUUAGCUAUAUAUCCUUAUUUUGACACACAAGAUUUUAUAUAUAAUGUUCCAAAAGUGUACAGAAUAUCUAUAACAUUGGAUAAAUUACUGGAUUACUAUGAACAAAAGCCUUCGAAGGAUCCCGAGUGGUAUAUAUCUUUGGGACUUGCAAGAGGUCAGCUAGAAUAUACUAUAAAUGAAUUAGACAAAUCUGUGCCAGAAAAACUACGUGAGAACUUAAAAAACAUAACAAGAAAAAUGGAUCGCAUUCGUAACAACACUGAUUACACUAAGCUGGUUUAUCGCAGUAAGGACUAUGAAUACGUUGUAAAAUCUAUAUUCGAAAAUAUGGGGGUAACUUUAUUAGAACCUAUUACAAUUGGUACUAUGGGAACACAGAAGCCCUAUCGGUUCACUUUUGAGCAAUAUGUACAAGAAGCGAGAACUAAGAUGCCGAGUAGGAAGGCUGCAGAUGCGUGUACAAUGCAGUUAUUGAUAUCAGCUAUGGAGAGCCAGACCACGCAAUCAGAGGGAGUUUGUGAAUUGACACCUGAGUGUCAGACACAGAUCAUGCAAGGGUCGGGUCUUGCGUUCCAACAAAUGAGUCGUGUACGCGCAGCUAUAUUGGCUCGCUUAUUCGAUUGCAUGGAAGGUGUUGAUCUUUCAGCACAUAUUUACAAAUUAUGUAUUCAAAUCUAUAAGGAGACGAAAUCACUCGAAGCGUGGGAUCAUCCUGCUGGUACUAGAACGUUGUUUAUGCAACAAAUUUUAUAUUGUUCAUGGCAAGGUUAUGGAGAGUUCAUAAAACCACGAUGGAUGAAUAAGAUUAUAUCUUGGCAAGAACCUAAAGGAUGCUAUGCAGAUGAUCGUCAACCUUUUAUGAAGUUAACUGGUUUUAUUGGCCCUACUUCUUCGCCUCCUCCGAAAGAUCGAGAGGAAGAGUAUAGAGUAAAAAAAGCUGCGAAAUCUGAAGGCGGUAAUUGUAAUUCGUUAACAUCUGCCAUGGCUCUCGGAUCACUAGUAAUAUAUGUGAGAGCCUUGCUCGAAACUGACCAAGCAUUCCAGUAUGAUGUAUUUUUAUAA